AUGCCUGGCAUUCCCAAAUCGAAAGGUUUCCCCAGCAGCGCCAUGGCGCAAAAUCCAAAUCUGACGGACCAGACGGACAACAAGGACCAGCAGGAGGGGUUGGAAAUGUUAAGGAGGUCCUUCCCAAGCACAACCGACGGUAGUUGGUAUGGCGCAUUCCGCCUCAAUGGAUCGCCUCGAAGCCCAAGGGCACCCACGAAUAUGGGCGGGAUGUCCCACCAACGGCAGCUCUCAACAGAGUAUGCGUUCCCGUCGCUGGCCGCAGAGAUACCCGAAGAUGACGACGUCCACACCAGCCAUGUUCAUCGUCUCCCAGGCUUACAUACCAUAACUAACCAGGACCCCUCGCGUCGACGGGACUUCCUAUUGGUCGACCCGAACCUGUUUGCCAAAACGGAGCUGGGAGAGGGCGCGAGUAAGCCGCCCGAGGUCUCUGUAGACCCUUAG